UUAUAAUAAACAUCUAUGGUUUAACUAACUCUUUAAUUACAAAAUGAUGAACUACAAAAUGUAUUUUUGUUGUUGUAACAUAUUGUAGUCAGGUUAAUCAUUUUAAAUAUUUUUAGAUGUUACCACAUAAAGAUUUUUUUACCUGUCGAAAUGUUUGUUACAGUGCAGUACGAGAAUAAGUCUAUUAAAAAUCUAUUUUUCAAUUAAUUUAUUAAAAAAUAUUAAGCAGAAGCAUAUGAAUAGAUAAUUACAUAGAGAUUUACUUGAUAAAUCUGUACAAUACUGAGCAAAGCAAGGCUGCAGGAUUCAGAACAAUGUGGCACUCAAAGAUAAACUGAUCUAGGUGAAAUUAUCUGCACGAAACUGAUUAUGUAUAUGGCAGAAUGUGAAAAAAGUCAAUUUUUUUUUUUUUUUUUUUUGACGUUUAUGUCUGUGGUAGAUGUGGCACCUCAUUCAUCAAUCAGUAAAAAAAUUUUUCUUUGAAUACUUCUGCAUCCCUCCGGCUCCUUCUUCCAAGCUCCUUCUUGCUGCUUUUCUUCCUAAUUACAGGACUCUCAUUGGUCAGUGAGCUGAUUUUGCAAGAGCCAAUCCCGAAAAGGCUAACAGCAAGCUCCUGACAUAUGACAUGCCUUGUUGUUCUUAAUGAUCAUGGAGCUCCUUAAAAACGUUGCCAUCCACCACAGAAGCUCAGAGGGUUCGAAGGGGAGUGCAGGGGUUGCGCGAAGAGUUCAGUACGCCCCUUCAGAGCCCACCAGCAGCUUACGAGUAUCUUCAAACAUUUCUGCUAAAACAGGAUUCAAUAAUCAAGAAAAAUGGCCAGACUUACACUAUCUGUUAUGAUCUGUGGAAUGGCUCUUGCAACUGUCUUUAUGUCAGACUUUCUGAAUGCUGGUCCUGUAGGGCGCAAUGAAGAAGAGGGCGUCAUAGAGGGCGCUUCUGAGGUGAAGACAGACAGCAAGUCAUCACUGAAGAAGCUUGUCCGCAGCAGGAGGAAUGUUGCCUAUUACAGAAGCCAACCUGAUUUCUGGGGCUGGUAUAAAUACUUCAUGGAGACCAACAACCAGGAAGGAGUUGAGGACAUGGAUCGCAUGUACCUUGUUUACCUCCAGAACAAGCACAGAGUAGAAGAGGGCCGCUCUUACAACCAUUACCUCACGCACCUGAGCGAAAUUUACAAAGCCUGUGCCAACUCCGACGACCCAGACUGCAUUGCAGAAUCCACCAGUAAACCCAAAGCCAAGAUUGUCAUGCCUGUUCCUGUGAGGCAAGCUACUGUGACGGUGUGCAACCCUUACCUCGACCCAUACUGCCUCUAUGCUGUUAGACCAAAAGCUGCAGAAGAAGAGCCUUCACCUGCUCCGGCGAAGGUCCCUGCUCCGAUUCUGUCCCCUCUGCUCCCUCUGCCUCUGAAAACCGCUCCGGCUCACUACUACUACGCUCCGGUCUUGGAGCCUUUCCUGCCGGCUGAGCAAAGAGCAGAGCUGUUGCGUAUCUGCAACCCUUCAGACACUGAAUGUCUGCAGUACCACCUGCGUGCUGCGUAUGGCUACAGGCCCUCGCUCGGCCCUCUGCCCUCUUACGCUCACCUUGGAUGUGAUCCUACCAAAGAUCCUUACUGCCAGCCCAAGCUGGUGGCCAGAUCACCCUCAGGUUUGUAUCACCUGUACCCCACCUGUAACCCUGCCACUGACCCCCUUUGCGUCACCAAUAUAGUUGCACCUGCAGCCCAAACUGCAGAGAAUGCAGAAACCCCCAAAGACAAGUUUUGCAAUCCUUUGUUUGAUGAGGGCUGCAACCCCCUCACAGCUGCCAAGCUAGCUGGACUCAAUAAGCCCGUCUUGGAGUACGUUCCAAGAGAUGAGCCUGCACCUCUUAACCUGGCCUGCGACCCUCGCUACGAUCCGUAUUGUCUAAUUGGUGGAGCCGCUGCACUUAGGAAACCCCCUCCAGCUCUCCCGGAGUUCCAGACCCGUCACCGUCUGGGCGUCCGUGGGAAGACCAAGGAAGGUUAUGACUGCUACAUGUUCUACGAUAAGGACUGCACCCCAGUGGAGAACCAGGAGUUGAGGGCCAGUGCUGCCAGUUCUAAACCAGACUGCCACCCGUACGACCCCAACUGUGGUAGGUUUGCUGCUCAUCCAUCCACUCGAGCAGAGGCAGCCAAGACGGUCAAAGACGGCAUCAUUGAGCCCCAUCCGGACUGUGACCCAGAAAUCGAUUACAACUGCCGCCUACGCAGGGCAGAAUCCACAGGUGAAGAACACAAAGAUGAGCCGGCACAGCAAGAACAAGGUCACAGCAACCCUUUCCCUGAACAUGUGGCUCCUGAGUAUCCAGUUCCACGAUUCGAGGACUUCCUGAGAGGAUAUAUGGGUGGCUACAAGAAAUGAGAAGAAAAAAAAUGGAUUAUAACUUACAAGUUCAAUCAUGAUUACACAAAUUUAGCACAAGUUUAGGUCUAUGCAAGAGAAGCAAUUCAGGGUAACUCAAGAAUAAUUUUUGUUUUGAUGUUUUAGAAGCUCUAGAGAUUAACAUUUCAUUUUUGUCUGAAAUGUCAUGCUGGGAAACAAAUCAAUAGAUUUGGGGGUUUUGUUAUUGGUAAUGUGAAGCAAUAUACAAUAUGUAUUUAUGUAUUAUAUAGUGUAGGAUUAGGGUAAUGGAAUAUGACUUCAACUGAUACUUAAAUCUGUAUGUUACCUUUUCUUUAGUUUUGUUAUCUGAUACCUUUUAUAUAUAUUUAAUGUA